UGUCCACGAGGUAGCUCACCGGGCUGCCGGCUUCCUCUAGCAUUCAAUACCCCGCUUCCUAGCUUUCUCAGUUUGUCUCUCACGUUUAACCGUGACGGGGUGACAGCUGAUAACACUUUUGCUAGGGUACCGACAGUACUUCCCGGGGUUUAGGUUAGGUCGCAUCUAUUGACAAAGCGCGGGCUUAUGGCUCAUUGUUUGAAUUGCUAUUUUUCAAUAAACAUUUAUUAUUAUUUGCUGUCAUUCAAAUUUAACUUUAAAUAUUUACUGUUUAUUAUUAUUUUUUUACACUGUCAUAGAAACCGGUGCAAUUAUUUUGUAAUUGUAAUAAAUAUACUGUGUCAAUUGUGCGGUUAUUUACGUGCGUGAAGUGUCUCGCGUGACAGCUGAAAGAGGUUAGGUCUCUUUUAACUGCAAGCGCGCGGUUUUUAAAUAACUAGUAUUUUUAAAAAGUGAUACUAUUUUUUUUUCCUGUUAAUUGUCAAUACUCUAACUAGUUAAAUUAAUUUUUUCAAAUGACAAAUGUCUGAUUGCGUAGGAAAUAAAUAUUCGUGUGAAUAAAAUUCACAGGAAUUCUCGUGGAUAAUGCGAAUUAUUUAUCGAGUAUAAUAAAAGUAAUAACAGAUUUGUAGUAUUUGAAAUUAUAUAAUUUAUAUAUAUAUAUACAUAUAAAAUUUAACAAGAAGAUAAUCAUCACAACUGGGCAAUCAUGUGGAAAGACAGCGGUCCAACUAUGGACAAUUCUUCAUAUUUGCCGAAUCAUCUCCCGCCACCGUCCUUGGUCGUGUUUUCACAGGCCGGGGGACUCCCCGAUGGCUUGCGAAUGCAGAGACCCUUCAAUCCACAAGUAACCGACUCGAAAGAACUGCAAGUGCCAUUCAGCACAGCAGCAUCUCUGGGCUACGGACUUCAUCACAUGCUGCAUUUGCCCCAUCAAUUUCUUCAUCCGUUGGACCCCCGUUUACCAUUUGGUGCAUUUCGUCCACUGGGACCAUCGGCAUUUGCGCCACCGAGCAAGUGCCUAAAAGUCGAAACCGGAGGCUCGAGUGUAUCAUCUGGUCUCGCGAGUAUCGGCUCGCUGUCAAAUAUGUCGAAUAUGUUUUCGCCAUCACUACCGUCGUCUGGAGUUGCCGGCGGUCUACCCGGUGGACCGAGUAACCAAGAAGUUGCGCCUCAAAGUCCUGCUGGUUCGGCAAGUCGUUCACCUCUUGGAACAGGACCCGGUUCAACUAAUGCCUCUAAUCGUGGCCAGAGUCCUGAUGAUGAUGACCGCGACACAAAUGCAACACCUGGUUCUGAGAAUACAGAGCGAUCUACGCCCGAGGAAGGACGACCCUACAGACUGGGGCCAGUAUUCGGGGGUCGAUGCGGCGCAGAGGCGCUUGGUUUGGGUCUAGGACUGUCACUGGGCCCAGCCUACAGGUUCGCUCUGCCCCCGGGACUCGCUGCCAAGACCACCCGUUGUCUUUUACAAGACCAAGGUAAGAAAAAAUUUUCGUCGGAUCCGUCGUGUUGUCCGGUUUGCGGUGUUACCGUAAGACCACAAGAACUCGAGCAACAUUUCGCCCAGGAAUUAGAUCGGCUUUACAAGGUAUCUGUUAAUAAUUCACGACCAAGACAGAGGUUAUCGUUACCGCCAGGACAUCAAGAUCAUCAGCAUGGACCGAUGCUUCACGCACCUUCGACUGCUGACGGAACGAUACAGGGAAGAUGGGAAACUUACAAAAGGAUCCGCGCUAAUCGUCAAGCGAGAAUUCGGGUUAAAAAUCGUAAAAGAAAAGCAGAUGAGCCAGUUUGCCCUGUGUGCAGUGAACGUCUCUCGGGUACUCCAGAGGAACUUAAUCAGCAUGUAGAAAGAUGCUUAGCUAAACACAAUGGUGGUAAUCCUGGAUCACAUGUAAAUUUAGAUGACGAAGAAGUGGAUGUUGAAGGUGAUGCCGAAACAUUCGAAGAGUACGAAUGGGCUGGACAGAGAAGGAUCCGAGCCAGUUCGAUGCUAGUGGGAGGAUUCUCUGCCGCCGGAUUAGCCACGUCAACGAGUAAUCGUUCGAGUAAUCAAGAAGAGGAGGAAGAUUUGGUUGUGGAUGGGGAUGAUGCAGCGCAAUUCGGACCCGCUCAGUACUCGGAAGCUGAUGUGAUAGCGCCCCGUGGUGAAGGCUCAUUAAGAGAACAAAAAGAGCGCGAUGCAUUGCGCGAAGCUGUUAUAUCACCAAAUGCACCGCUUACACCCCACACACCCCCGGACCAGCCACACGGUGCCCAAGUUGACGUUAAAUCAGAACCUGGCACUACUAAUAUUAAUAAUUCAAUGUCCGUAUCACCUUCUUCUACACCACGACAACGCAGUGACAGUGACGAUGCUGGUUCUGCAUCAUCUCCAAAACGCGAAGGCACCGACGCCCCUAUUGUUGAUGCUCUGCGCAAUAGAAUUCGCGAGCUUGAAAAUGAAAUGCGGGGUCAACCUUUCAAGUGUUUAAUUUGUAUGGAACAGUAUAAAAAACCAGUAACUUCAGUGUGUUGUUGGCACGUUCAUUGCGAGCAAUGUUGGUUACAUACACUAGGAGCUAAAAAAUUGUGUCCGCAGUGCAACAUGAUCACAUCACCGUCGGAUUUACGACGUAUUUAUAUGUGAAACAUAGUAACGAGUAUAGUUUUGAAACCCGAUAAAAUAGAUAAAGAUAAAAGACCUAGUCUUAAAAAUGAAUCCACGGAUAAAUUAUUUAAUUCCAGCAAUUAAAAUUAUUUUAUGGACUCUAAAGAACAAAUAAAUAUAAUUGUACAUUUUGUAUAUUUAAAUUAAAUUAAUUGAUUCAA